AUGCGUUUGGUGAUUUUCCUUCCUAUCCUCUGCUGCCAACUUAGCAAGUCAGCCUUUGACGUCAAUGAAAAUUCAUUGAAGGUCUUGCUAUUCUGGGCCGUUGACAAUGCCACCCGAACGCAGGAGACCGUCAUGCGAAACGUAGCGUAUGCUCGCCGUAUGGGAGGUCGCCAGUGCUGCGAUGUGAUCCUUGCGCACUACGAGGGAAGCCCAAACGAUUGGGACAAAAACUGGUAUGCCAGCGAAGUCACGUCAAGUCUGCAGAAGCCUGGUUACAAGUUCAGAUUCCUGCAGGAGGCCUACAGGGAAGAUCAGUGGACUCAGAAGUACGAAUUCGUUUGGGCACUGGACAGCGAUAUCGAUUUCACGGACGUGAAUCUUGUGGAGCUCUUCCAGCUGGCACGCUCCUCCGGAUCCCUGAUCAUCGGCCCUACCUUUGCGGGAGACCAGGCAUGGAAGACCUAUGCGACGGACCUGAUGGUAGACGAGGCUGUCGAGUCGAGGAAGGCCUUGCUCAGAUCGGACAAUCUUGUGGACCGCCAGAAGAUCAAUGUGUUGGGCAAGCCGGACCCCCGCUGCAUGAUGCGGCACACUGAUUUCGUUGAGAUGACCGCGCCCUUGCUAUCCUCCAUGGUUCUGUCUUUGAUUCUGAAAGACUGCGUUGACUGCAUCCACGAUCGUGCCGAAUGGGGCCUCGACAGGGUCUGGUGCGAGAUGGCUUCAGAGAAGUUUUCCGUAUCAGCUUGCACUCUCCUCGAUGCGACGCCGGUGCGUCAUCUGGACUGGCAGACUGCAAAGGUCACCGCCGACUUCAAGGAUGCUGAGCGCAAGGUGAAGGAACGGUAUACCAAGUACUGGGCGCAAGUUCGCAACAUCGACUGUAUGUUGGCGCAUAAGCAACGCCGCGUCACGAUCGACACGCACGGCAACAUCAAGGAAGACGACUGA